AUGGCCUCACCCGACAACAACGACCGCGAGCGCCUCAAAUCCGCCCUCUGGUUCGCAGUCGGCCAAAUCGUCGACGAGGAGUGCCUCCGGCGAAACCGCAACGCAACGCCCCAAUUCAUCGGCGCCCUAACAGAAAUGGUCUGGACGCAAAUCGAAAACGUAGCCAUAGACCUGGAGAGCUUCGCCAACCACGCCUCCCGGCCCAACGUCACGACCGAAGACGUGCUCCUCCUGGCGCGCAAGAACCCCGACCUGCAGCAAAUCAUGGGCGAGUUCGUCGACGAGAGGAAGGGAAUCAAGGAGGCUAAGAUGGCUAGGAGCAAGGCCGGGGGCCGUCGUCGAUGA